GGGUAAAAAAUAAAGACAAAAAAUAAAAAAAAUGAAAAUAAAAAUAUUCACCCAAAGUUGCUGAAAUUUCACAUUUUGCAUAUUUCAAAUCAAUACAUCUAUGAAAUGGCCAUCUGUUUUCCAUAUUUCCUUGAAAUUAUUUUGAUAUUAGUUGGAAACUACAAAGAUUAUUAUCUAUAUAGUGUGUUUUAGCACUUCAUUUUGAAGCAAUGACCCUUAUUUUUUCUAUUAUUUUCAUUAUUUUUUUGCUUGUCACAUUUUUCAUAAAAAUAGCAUCUCCUUUACCCCCCCCCCCUACAUUGUAGAUCCACAGCAGACAGUUGGCACCCUGUAAAAGUCUGUCACAGUUUCCACAUGUGGUAAACAUAUACAGUGACAUUUAUUAUUCUGUGGGAUUUGCAAUUCCUUGAAAGAACUUAAUUUAUUUUUUUAAGUACAGAUGUACAUGUAAUUUGUAUUGUAAAUUUAUUUAUGAAAGUUCAAAGUAAAGAAGGAAUGUAGACAGGGAUCACAGGACUGUAAAUACAUUAAAAGACUUGUCAAAAACAAAAUAAUAAAAUUGAUAAUAUAACAAUAAUAUUAGUUGACCAAAAAAAGUUUAAUGUCCACAUCUUUUUCUGUUAAAUUUUUUUUGUAUUCCGCAUCAAACAAUGUGUGAAUCACUUAAAUUCACAGUAUAUUUUGUAUUAAGACAAUACUAUGAAGCAAUUGAUCUGUACAACUUUCAACAAUACUUGACCUUUAAUCUGUCACCGGAGGUCAGAAGAUGUGGUGAAUUCCUGCUCGUCCUCAGUUUUUGUGUCAACUAUAGAAAAGUCUGGUCGGAAAUCUAAUAACAGGAAAAGCGGUGACUCAGAUUUCCUGUAACUUUGAAUGUUUGGGGGAAUGAUUUUGCCAGUGUUAUUCCUAUUGUGGUGUGAUAGGGAUUGUACAUUGCAUGUUUUUGAUUUGCACUUGUAUGCACUUCAGUAGAAACACUGUGUACUUCUUUGAUAUAUUGAAUACUGCACCCAAACAUUUUAACAGAGGAAGCUCUUCUUAAGUUUGGAAGAGGGUGUUAUGUUUCCACAGCAUUUCGAAGGAUGUGGAUUGUGGACUACUACAAGCAGCUUCAUGUAGGCCUACAUGUACAUUUAUGCUUGUAGAGUACAUUGAGUUUGUCUGGUGCUUACCGUACGUGUUGUGUGGAGGUGACAUUCUUCUAUAGAGCAGGACAUUGAAUUCAGCUGUUGAUAUGAUUGCAAAACUUUUCUUUGACAUAUUCCCGAUAAAAUGAAUUGCAUUGCAUCAUAGACAAUCUGUGUUUUUUUUUCUCUGCAAAUGUGCUUUAAUAUUAUAUUCUUCAAUACCACUUUAUACGAGGAUCUACAUUGAAUUGGAGACUUGAUUUGAAGAGAAAGUAGUAACUUUGAGCAAGAAAUAUGUUCACUACGCCAGCUAUACGAUCUCAAUCAAAACGUAGAACCACCAUGACGACGACCAUGAUGUCAGUUGAAGACCGUCUUAAGUACCACAUAGAAAAGACUUACAAUGAAUCUCUUCUCUUUCCUCCUCCUACUUAUCCACCUGAUCUAGACCAAUGCCGCCAAGUUCCGCAGAGAGGACCAUGUAACAUGCAGGAGAAGCGUUUCUUCUAUAAUCUCACAAGUUCUAGCUGUCAGGAAUUCAUCUAUGGAGGCUGUGAUGGCAAUGACAACCGUUUUAUGGAUUCAGAAUCCUGCAUGGAUGCAUGUAAAGAUUACAGGGUAGGUGGACCUGAGUCAGGUAUAAGCAUUGCUGGUGUAGCAGCACUGGUGGCAGGACCUAUAUGUCUGAUCUGCAUAUCAGUGACAAUCUACCUACUCCUUAGACAGAGCCCAGGAUGUAGAGAUGAUGGUCGUGGUCAGAUGCUUGAUAAUGGAUCAAAGGAUAAUCUGAUCAAAUCUCCACAGCUCAGUGAUCUGGUAGUGGAUCCAACCACAUCUGGAUCAGGAUCAGGUUUACCACUUUUAGUCCAGCGUACCAUCGCUCGUCAGAUUGUCAUUCAGGACUGCAUUGGAAAAGGGCGGUAUGGUGAAGUGUACAAGGGUAAAUGGCGAGGCGAGUCUGUUGCUGUGAAGAUAUUUAGCUCUCGUGAGGAGCGUUCUUGGUUCCGUGAAGCUGAGAUCUACCAGACUGUGAUGCUUCGACAUGAGAACAUCCUUGGUUUUAUUGCUGCAGAUAAUAAAGACAAUGGAACAUGGACGCAGCUUAUCCUUGUCAGUGACUACCAUGAGAAUGGAUCCCUCUUUGACUACCUGAAUGCCCAUUCAAUUGAUGUACCUGGAAUGUUGAGAAUGGCACUCUCUAUUUCUACUGGACUAGCUCAUCUACACAUGGAGAUCAUGGGCAUGCAAGGUAAACCAGCCAUUGCCCACCGAGACAUCAAGUCCAAGAACAUCCUGGUUAAACGCAAUGGUCAGUGUGCUAUUGCUGAUUUGGGACUUGCGGUCAGACAUGACUCUGUCACAGAUACAGUAGACAUCUUCCCCAACAAUCGCAUAGGUACAAAGCGUUACAUGGCUCCAGAGGUGUUAGAUGAUACCAUUAACAUGAAUCACUUUGAUUCCUUCAAGCGGGCUGAUGUAUAUUCCUUUGGAUUAGUACUAUGGGAGACAGGAAGAAGAUGCUCAGUAUUUGGUAUCCAUGAAGAGUUUUGUCUACCGUACCACCCAUGGGUACCAAUGGAUCCUCCUAUUGAAGAAAUGAGGAGGAUAGUGUGUGUUGAGAAGAGGAGACCACCGAUUCCUAACAGAUGGAACAGUCAUAAGAUCAUGGAAUCUUAUGCUAAGGUGAUUAAGGAGUGUUGGUAUCAGAACGGAGCUGCCCGUCUCACUGCACUCCGUAUCAAGAAGACCUUGGCUGGUUUGAUGGGACCUUCAGAACCAGAGGUCUUACUCCCACCGGCAAACAUGCAGAAUACAUGUGACCCCUCGCAGAGCGGGGACGACCUCAAGGGGAGACUACCCCCCUCUGCCAUCAUCCCUACCUCGCAUCCUCCGGUUGGUCCUAACCCAUACCCAAUCCUCAGCUAGUGGGGGGUUUUACCAACAGCUCUUUUGGUGAAGGAUGUCUACAACUUUGUUCUUCUGUCUGUAUUGUUGAAGGAUGGAGAGAUUCUCUAGAACACAGACAAUGAAAGUUGGACUGUAUGCUUUGUGAUGUAAGAUUUGUGAAAGUCACCAUAAAGAGAACAUGGGGAAGGACAAUGUGAUAUCACUGUGUCAUUAAAAUGCAUCUAACAGACAAGUACAGUGAAUAUUGUGCAUUUUAGAGACCACUGUUUUGAGAGAACAGCUCCUGACUUCCCGUUACUAAUCACAGAAACAUUGUGUGAUUAAGACAACAUUACAUGUUUCUUUAGUAUCAUACCAUGUUAGGUAUACAGGACUACUUGAUUCAACGAUCCCCUUUAAAACAGGCUCUCUUGAUUAUAAAAUGGAAUGAUUAUUUCUGAAGUUAGUUGGUGCUUUGGACAGCCUGACACUUCAGGUCACCUCUUACUUGGUAAACAGAAGUUUUUUGUCAGCAACAAGUGGAUUAGUGAAGCUACAAUGCUAAUGCAUCUUCUGUGGAGGGUGAAUCACAGCUUCUUAGGACUGCAUCUGGGAGGAGCAUAUCCGAGAAUAACCAGCAUUCAAGUCAGAAGAAAUCGGUUGAAUGAGAAUGUUUCAAAAUGACCAGAAUUAUUAUCGAGUGUUGAGUUUGUUAUCACCUUUCUAACACAAACAGAGAGUUUGAUCAGAUUACCGGUAAUAGAUUUCUUCUCCUCCUACUUGAGACAUCAAUUGUGUUUUUGAAAUCAACCAAAUUAGCUGGGAUGUAGAGAGCAGACUGUUGAAUACAGAACCCAAGUUUAAAUGAGGACCAGAGAAAGAACAAAUUUGAGUCAUGUGAAAGAAAUCCAUUAGAGGAUAACGAUAACAGAUAGUUUGAACUUGACAUUUACAGUACACAUGCACAAUGGGAUAAGUACAACAAAUCCUUGACAUUAAAAGUUAUCAAAAUAGCCUUUAUUCUAUUAAAGUAAGUGUUUAAGAUAGAUUAUGAUACAGGGUUAGAUAAGUCUUUGAGAUAGAUGGUUCCUUGUUGUUAGGACAAUGGUUUGUAAGAUGAAGUCACCAAACUGGCUACCAGGAGAUGAGGCAGCACCUUUGCCUCAAUUGGUCAGAAGAAGAGCUCUUUAUCAUAAAACUCAUCUAUUCAGGAACCCAAUUAGCAUGAUACCUCAAAUUGCAGACAAAUAGGUCUUUAGGAUGAUAUCUUCUGUUACCUUAGCUUUUCUUGUUUAUGUAAGCAAAUCAGGCAGUGCAAGGUAAUUUCUCUAUUAUAGUGGAUGGGUUAGUCCAUUAGAAUCAACCUUUGAAUGGUACAAUUAGUAAAUGUAAACAAUUUGAAAGCUCAAGUGUCAUGUAAGAAAUAGUUUAGCUUGAAGAUCCUUCCAAACUUUUUCUUUGUAGUCAAAGUAGCGCCAACGGAAUGGCAAGAUUAUCUCAGGUUUUCAAAAUUUAGGAACGUAGCUCAAUUAUUACUCGGCGCUGUAUUCAUAUCAACAUUACUCGUCAAAGCAUAGUGCAAUUAGGAAUAUCAACCUAGAAAUUCAACACCAAUUUUGUUGAAAUUGAGCAUAUUUGUCUAGAACUGCAUCAUGAAGUAAAUCUGCUAGAAGAGAUGGAUUUCGGAAGCUAGUUUGUCAUCUUAUUUUUUGGUCCAGCUUGUAUGUAAGCUGUGCCUUGAAUUCAGAAAUAAUCAAAAACAUUAUCAGAAAAAUUUGAAUUUUUCUCUUGUUACAGAUAUAAAUUGGAUGGACAGAGAAUGUGUUAUUCAACAGAAUCUCAAAUUGAAAACUGUCAUCUGUAACUUUUUGCAGGGUGAUUACAGUCACAGUUCAUCAUUCUCUUGUAUAUGAAUCUUUUAAAGAGAGACUGAGAGAGUGUGUGUGAGAGAGAAAAUUGAUAUAUUUGUGAACAGCAACAGGUAUAUAAUGAGUUAUUGGAUUGUCAAAGUGAUCUCAGUCCAAUAGCCUUGUUUUCAAGUUGGUGUUUUCAGAUAUAUGAAAUGAUAGCAUGUGUUGAUAAUAGAGACCUUGAUAUCUAAGCUGAGUUUGUACAGAUCUAGGAGGACAGUGAAUGGAUCAGCAUGAUCAGCUUGUAUAUUGGGAGAUUUAAACAGUGUGUAGGAAAUAUAGAAACAAAACAUAAAUGUACUGUUUCAUUCUAUACAUAGAGUCUGUAUAUAACUGCGAUGUGAAUGACUUGUUCACCAUGAAAAUAUUCAUUUUGCCAUUCUCAAUGUAACAUGCUGUACAUACCGCUGCUUGUAAAUAUAGUGUGUUGUAGCAAAUCCAUGCCCUAUCCAGUCCAUAUAGUGUAAUGUAUCCCAUGUAUGAAUCAAUAUUCAAAAUGGCUAUUUAGAAUAACUGUAUGUAUAUAGCAAUGUUGCACAUUAUGUUGUUCAUGGCUGAAAAAAAAAUGAUUUGGGGGAUAUUGUGACUGAAGUACACAGAAUGCAGGAAUGAUUGUUUAAACUCGUAUAUGAAAUAAGAGCACCCAUAUUUGUUUUGUGUAUACAUUUGCAAAUACAUAAUUUGAUAUAAGUGAAUGUUUGUUGUUUAUGACACCUUUUCAUUUUCACUUAAAUGCUGACAUUCUUGUAAGGAAAGAAGAUGAUAAAUUGCUAAUCAGUAGGGGUUAUGCACCAAACAGUAUUGCAUUGUUCACUCGAGUGAUAAGAACUUUAAACAGGAACACAUACAAGUCGGCUAUGGGUAAUUUUCAUUAAAACACAGAGUCAAACAGGAUGGUAUGCUCUGAUUGGAGAAUAGGGACUUGUUGCAUAAAGAAUUCCAACUACAUAACUUUGCAAUAAUGGUAACUACCGUGGAUACCUUGAUUAUUAGCUGCUGAGCCCUGUUACUAUGGUAGUUGCUGUAAUAGCAAGAUUACAACAGUUUAAGUCCUUUUAUAUCUGAUGGGUAUGCAAGAAGACAGCUGGGUGCAAGCAGUAAGCAUCCUUUUUAUGUGUAGCGCAUCGCUUUUUAAAAUUAAAAUUACUGUAGGUUUUUUAAAGAAAAAUGUUUUUUCCACAAACUUGUAUCAGGUACAGGUUUUUCUUGGAGAAAAGUCGAACAUUCUGUUUGGAACUGAAUCUUGACUGAACUUAUGCAAAUGUUUCGGGUUCAACAAUAGUUUUUUUUUUCGUAAUGUUUAAUGAAAAACUCACUUGUUAUGAAACAACUGUCCAGUUCUCCUAGCAACUCUGUAAAUCAUGUUAAAGUAGAAUUACUAUAUAUUGAUGUAGUUAAUAGAAUUGCUCAUCAAAUCAUGACUAAAUUGUUUAUUGCAAUAGCGAGUAUCCAUUGUGAUGAUUUAAUCAUGUUUGAGAUGAGUAAACUUGCUAGUACUGCAGUUUUGUGUGAUUGAAAAAAUUAAAGAGGAGAACAAUUCAUCUACCCUUGUUCCUGCUUAUCUUCUAUAUCUGUCUUUCAUCCUUAUAAUUUUUUUCCUGUUUCUUUGUCAAUUUCUCAAACCCUCUUCUUUCUAUCUAUCUUAUUUUCAGUGUAGUCAUUCUAAUCUUGCACCAAGAAACACUGAUAUAAUGAUAAUAAUCCGCUUUUAAUAUAUCGGAACGACGUCUCUAAGCGCCUUACAGAUAAUGAAUUAUUAUGAAACACAAAUUUUAAAUGUCAUUUCUUUGGGGAGUAUUCAUACAAUUUUUCAUCAACAGUAAUCUUCCCCCAAUAUCUAUCUUUGUCUUUGCUAAGUGCAUUGUGCAUUUUGACUCCUAGAGGUCACAGUUUCAACUUUUUUUUGCUUCUACAAGGCAAUAUGAAAUCAGUAUAAACAAAGUUAUAGUGCUUCUAGCAGAUAUCUUUUCAAAACUCAUUUUUUUUAGGUGCAUUUGUAAUAGAAUUCUCAGUAAUCACAAAGACAAAAAUUGUAUGAACACAUUGUUGAGUGACAAGCCUUUCAAAACAUUGUACCUGGUCUGUAACUUGGUUUGAAUGGCAUCUCUAUUCUAUUACUCUCUCCCAUCUCUUCUCUCCUCCCACCUCAUAUCUCUUUCUUUUUCUCCCUCUGUCUAUCCUCUAGCUUUCUAUCUUCUUUUUCUUUCAGUUUAUUUCACAAUCUAUCAUAUUUUACAGUUAUGUAAUAACUUGCCCUACAAUGUUAAAUCUCUGUAUCUUGUUCACCUUGCAAACAAAAAAUUGAUGCUCUAUUCAUACAAUGGUAGUAAAUAUGUUCUGAUUUCUGUAUCAUGUUCAGUUUUUGUAAUUUUGUGAAUUCAUCAUGUGUUAGGUUUAUAAGAUAUGUGUAUGUGAUUCUUGUAUCUGCUCACAACAGCAUUUUUUUACUGCUGUUCAAAGUUCACCUGCAGAAGGGCAUAAAAGUACUCCAAACAUCAAUUUACAACUGUUUGUUUAUCACUGGAUAGUGUAUUUUCAAAGUCUAGGUGGUGUAAUGAAGUAUAUGAUAUGUCUUGAUUCAUGACAAAUUUCAAUUUUCUUUAUUUUUUUCAAAUACAGCCUUGUCCCAAAUUGAGCACUGCCAAGUGGCUAUUAAUUUCAGUCAUUAAACUACAGGUACAUACGUUUUGGCCCAAACUGAAGACCAUUUUAUGGUUACUAAAAAGUGCCAAUAAAGCACUCUUUGCUCAAUUGUGAUGUUAUAUUUAUCAUUUAUUUUUUUAUAUGCCCUUGUGUAGGAGAACAUAUUGAUCCAGUAUUAAUCACAAUGCUCUUGUGAGUGAAGACUUCUAAAACUUCAUGUGAAUAUUAUAUGUGAAGUAUUUAUCGACUAUUGAAGGUAAAUGCUAUCUGAUUUUAUUUCUGUCCUCUUCCUUGUGAUAAUGAUGCUGCAUGUGAACCUCGUUCAAUGAGAAGGUGAAUUUAAAGACAGAAGUGAGACAAAUUUAUCUCUCUAUAUUUUACAAAAUGUUAUUUUUUUAUACAUUUUUCUGAUGUGGACUGGGCGAUUCUCCUUACAAACAUCAACGGCUGCAUUGAUUAAGUGUAUUAGGUUGGUUUUUCUCUUAGAGUUCAAUCAACCAUUAUAAACGUGUGUGUCCAAAUUUAGUUUUAAUCAAUGAUGAUAUAUAAGCACUGUGCUGCUACAUUGAAUGUCUACCACUAGAAAGAACCAAUGGAAACCAUAAGAUACUUCAUGACUAUUCUAAAUCUCUUGUAAAAUUUAGACAAUGAGAGAGCUACAGCCUUUAUUUGAUAAAAUUCUGUAUAUUUUGUGUUAUGUUUUUGAUGCUUAUACUUUGAGAGAUAUUUUGUGAUGAAUGAUCUCCUGUUGUUUAAAUCAUAUUUGGAUUAUUGAUGAUUUUGAAUUGAUUUGUAAUGAUUAAUGAUAUGUGUGUAUGUAGCCUAUUCCAUCUGUCUCUGGUUUUCAUCUCACUGGCAAAAAAGGAUGUAAAUAUACCCCUAAAAGAAGAGAAUCACUCACUUCAUCACUUAACACAGUAGGGGACAACCAGUUGUUCUGGUUUGGAUUGAUAAGAAUUAUACCAAACAUCAUCAUUAAAUAAUAUGAAAGAUUUAGUGGACCUGCUGCCUCCGUACAUGUAGGUGCGUAUGUUGAUUAGUCUAUUGAUAUUUUUAUUCAAAUAAAAGCAGAAUUGAGUUUCUGUAAAAGGGGAAUGCCAUGUUAAUUGAUUAUUCCCUAAUAUAUUCUUGUGUUUUUAAUAAUGGUAUUUUAAUAGUGGUAUUUACUAUAAAUGAUCCCCAGAUCUCAAUGUCAAAAGUCUGUGAAAUGUGAAAACCCUGAAGACCAGAAAGUAUUUUAUGUUAACCAGAGAGCAGCUGUAUUAUUGUUAAUGAUGAGAGGGCUAAAUUGUAAUGAAAAUGAACUACGCAGCUGUUAUACCAGAGCUAUGCAUUGGCAGUAGAGCUCUUAAGAAACAAUAAAUUGCUUGUUUUGCCUUUGUUUCGGUGAGAGAGAUAUUACAGAAAAUUUUAGCGAAACAACAGAUUUACUAUUAUAGAUUUCUUCAUGUGUAGUGUAUUUUUUAAUUUCAGGAUAUUUAAUAAUGAAAUGCUGUAUAAAGGAUAAGGGAGUAUUUUUAAUGUUGAGAAUGACCUUAUUUGGUUCCCUUUUCUCUAUGUGAAUUACCCAAGUGGCCAAUUUUUUUUCUUUCUCUUUUUUAAUUGAAGUGACAAAAAUGUAUAUUAUUGUUUUUUGUAUUUUUGGGUCUGUUCCUAAUGCUCUGGCAUAGGUUUAAUUUCAUCCUGAAGUUAAUUUGUAAUUAUGUG